AUGAGUCUAAGGAAAGAAGAAAUUAAACAAAAAAUCGAAACGAUCCGAGACAAUCGACAGAUCAACAUCAUUGUCACAUCUUUGCUCAUUUUUCUCUCCUCAUAUCUUGCUUUUGUGACUUGUUUAAAUGAGAACUUGUUGCAUCCACUUGCCAUUUCCUCAGAAACCCGAAAUUUGACCGAAUUUGAUCUUUUAACUUUGUCAAAAGACGGGGAAAACAUCAAAAAAUCAUCGAUUUCCGUUUUUUUCAUUGUCGUUCUUGGAUUGAUUGUCGGCAGAGGGUUUUUCUAUCUUCAUCUACCGCCAUUGUUGGGCUCUCUACUUGUCGGAAUUGGGCUCCGAAACAUUCCUGUGAUCAAUGAAUGGCUUUACAUUGAUUCCGAAUGGGACACAGUGCUGAGAAAGUUGGCAUUCGCAUUGAUAAUGAUCCGUUGCUCAAUCGGGAUCAAUCUACAAGUGGUCAGAGCGGCACCGCGUAUUCUGAUCUCUUUGGGUGUGAUUGGGCCACUAAUCGAAUCAUUGGCUGUCUUCUUAGCCGCUCAUUUUCUCUUCAAUUUCCCCCGGGGAAUCAGUGUUGUCUUUGGAUUUCUCCUUGCCGCCACUUCUCCAGCGGUAACAGUUCCAUCAAUGCUGAGGCUACAAAAUGCGAAAUAUGGAACGAAAAAGGGUAUUCCCUCACUAAUCCUCGCUUGUGCCUCAGCCGACAAUGUCCUUUUGAUCGUCGCGUACACUGUUUCAAUGGGAAUCCUUUUUGCUCAAGAUUCGAUGCUAAAUGUGAUGAUGCUGACAAUUGGAGAGAUUAUUGGCAGUGUUGUGAUCGGUUUGAUGUCAGGUUUCGUCCUUUGGUGGCUACCCCGUCCAAAUGACACCUAUACCCAUUUGUCGCGCGCAAUUCUACUCAUCACUCUUUCAUGUGCUCAACUUUUCAUUGCGAUCAGAAUCAACAUCGAGUUCACCGGCUCGAUCUCUUUAGUCGUCACUUGUCUGGUGGCAGCUUUUCAAUGGAAACGGGAUAAUCAGAAACAGAUCUUGAUCGAGCAGCGCUCUUUCGGUACUCUCUGGGAUUUGAUCUUUCAACCAGUGCUCUUCGUGUUGAUCGGGAUGAAAUUUGAGAUAAUUAAACUUUCUCCCUCCAGUCUCCUCAUCGGCCUUUCUUGUCUCCUCAUCGGUGUCUUUUCUCGUGCCAUUGCAAUAUUCUUGCUCACCCUACGUACAAGCCUUCGUUUCUCGGAGCAACUCGUUUUUAUCUUCUCAUUUUUGCCAAAAGCAACUGUUCAGGCGGCUCUCGCUCCAUCAAUCGUGCUCAUCUCCACCCCAUUCCCCUCAAUUCUUCCAUUCGUUGAAAUCAUUCUUUCAGCAAGUGUGAUCGCCAUUCUCGUCACUGCCCCACUCGGGCAAUUGGCUUUAGAUCUUUUUGGGGAGAAAUUGCUGCAUCUCGAGGAUCAGAAAGAGUCAUCGACGAAUUUUGGGAUAAAGGAAGCGAUUGCCGAUCAAGGGAUAGAAGAUCAGGUGAAUUCGCCGAAGAAUUCCUCGAUCUCCUCGCUCAACGACAAUCAGAAAGCGAAGAAUCAAGAGAAAGAAACGAGAGAAAGAGAGAAUCAAGUU